GAUGGGAAAUGCUCGGCAGUUGGAGCCCGGCCUGUACCGGGAACACAACAGGGUUGUCAGCAGCUCCGGGGAGUGUGGAGGGCGGCACAGCGUGGUACACACGCCCGGCCUGUUCACAUCAACGUCCCUAGCAACAGCCUGAGAUAACGGGUUAAUGCCGGGGGGAGACGGGCAGAAGACCGGAGGGGAGCGCGGCACCGGAGCCAGGGAGGAGGCAGGGCCUGUGGGACGGUAGCCACAGGGCAGGAUGCCACCUGGAGUUUACUGCCCAGUGGACUUCUGGGCCAAAGAGGAGAAGCAGAGCAUUUUGGUGGAUUUCCUACUACCGUCUGGCAUUUACCUCAACUUUCCCGUGCCAUGCAGUGCCAGCCUAGGAAAUAUCAAGGAGUUACUAUGGCAACGGGCGCAGCAAGAACCGCUCUUUCAUACCCUUGGUCCAUCCACGUCCUACGUCUUCACGUGCAUCAAUCAGACAGCAGAGCAGCAGGAGCUGGAGGAUGAGCAGAGGCGCCUGUGUGAUAUCCAACCCUUCCUGCCAGUCCUAAGGCUCGUGGCCAGGGAGGGGGAUCGAGCCGAGAAGUUACUAAAUUCCCAAAUAAGCUUGCUGAUUGGCAAAGGCCUUCAUGAAUUUGACUCUUUAAAUGACCUAGAAGUCAAUGACUUCCGUGGCAGAAUGCGCCAGCUCUGUGAAGAGAUCGCCCUGCGGCGGCAGCACAUGAACUGGGACACCUGGAUGGAGUCCAACUUUCCUCUUCAGCUGGAGCAUUCCUCCAAAGUGUUCGCAAAGACUUCUCAGAGCAACAAGACCCUCAUGAUCAACGUAAAGUUUGAGAGUAGCGAGGAGAGCUUCACACUACAGGUGUCUCCUCGAGACUUUCCACUCUCCAUUAUCCGCAUGGCUCUAAGAAAAAAGUCCAAUGUGUCUGGUCAGCAGUGUCCAGGGCGCUCAGAAGAUUACAUCUUGCAGGUCAAUGGCAUUUUGGACUACAUCUAUGGAAACUACCCCCUGUGCCAGUUCAAACACAUCAACCACUGUUUUCACUCCAACUGCACGGCUCACCUCACCCUUGUCUCCAUCUACUCCACAUUACCAGACCAGCAGGGAGACACAAUCAUUAGCUCCAAGAUACGACACAAACCGCCGCCACUACCAACAAAGAAGCCACAUCAUUGUUCACUAUGGAAACUGCAGAGGCCAUUUGGUUUUCAACUCAUGUAUGGAUGUAACGUCAACGCAGAUGAUGGAUUAAAGGUCAGGAGGCUGCCCGAAAUCGUGCACGCACCACAAAUUCUGCUGCACAAGGCAGCGGUGAUUACAGGGACACCGGAUCCGACGGGUAUCAUGCCGAGGAAAGGCAAAACCCCGAUGAAAACUGGGCGAGAGGCGCAGGACCAUCAUGGCGCUUGGGAGGACGGAAGUCGGACAGCAGCAGCGCGCCAAGAGAUCGCGGCGAAGCUGCAAAAGGACAGAUCGGAAUCAGAUCAUUCUGAUCAAUUUUCGGAGGAGGAAAUCCAGGAGGAUGGGAGACAGAAUGAAGUGGGCCAUUGCAAAAAGAGGAGCCCUGAUAGAGAAGAUGGUAGGGAGGGUGCAGUAGAGCCCACCCUGAAAGAUGUGAUGGCAGCAAUAGCUGGCUGUAAUGCCACGCUAAAGAGCCUAAACUUGAAAGUUGGGAGUCUUAAAGAGGAUCUGUCUGUGAUAAGACACGAUUUGCGAAAAGUUGCAGAGCGCACCACAGAAGUGGAGCGUCGAGUUUCAGAUUUAGAAGAUGGCGCCAAACCGCUACAGAAAGCGACCAGAAAUGGUGUUAAGAAUAUUGACGCACUUUUUGCUAAAACCGAUUAUUUGGAAAACCAAUCACGCCGGAAUAAUAUCAGUCUGGUAGGAAUACCGGAGAAAACGGAAGGCGCGAUCCCUACAGACUUCAUUGAAAAGUGGCUGGCGGAGAAGUUCAAAGAUAAAGGCCUAUCCCCGCUAUACGCAAUUGAGCCUGCUGGUCAGUGCGGCCUCUACCACGGCAGUGAGCUCUUGUGUAAGACAGCGGCUAGUAGCGAAGUCACGGCCUCCUCCGAUCCACAAUGGUUUCAGCAUUUAGAGUUUGAUAUUAAUAUUUGUGACCUUCCUCGCAUGACCGCUCAGCUUGCUCUGUAUGCUGUCGACAAGACCAAAAAGGCCAAGUCCACCAAAAAAAAAGUCAAAGAAGACGAUGAAAAGGGAGAACUGCUAAACCCAAUGGGAACUGUACAGUGUAACCCGAAUACAGAAAGUGCCGCCACUUUGAAGAUCUUCUUUGUCAAUGUAUCUGAUAACCCUGUGUACUAUCCUUCUAUUGAGAAACUACUUGAGUUGGGCAGACUAGGAGACGUGUGUAAUGCCACACUUGAUGAGCGACAGCAGCUCCUGGAGAUAGUUGACCGGAAAGGCCCAGGCGAGCUAUACGAGCAUGAAAAGGAGCUGGUGUAACUGCGUUAUGAAAUAAAAGAGCGUCACCCAGAGGCCCUCCCCAAACUGCUGCUCACCACCAAGUGGAACAAACACGAGGAUGUAGCACAGAUGGUUUAUCUGCUGCAAACCUGGCCGGAGCUGCCUGUCCUCACAGCCCUGGAAUUGUUAGAUUUCAACUUCCCUGAUAGAUGCGUGGGAUCAUUCACUAUGAGCUGCCUGAAAAAAUUAACGAAUGAGGAGCUUUGUCAGUAUCUCUUACAGCUAGUACAGGUUCUGAAAUAUGAAUCUUACUUGGACUGUGAGCUGAACAUCCUCCUGGAGAGGGCGCUGAUCCACCGCAAGAUUGGACACUUUUUAUUUUUUAAUUCAAGAUCGGAGAUGCAUGUCCCAGCAGUGGCCUUAAGGUUUGGGCUCAUCCUUGAAGCGUACUGUAGGGGGAGCACCUAUCAUAUGAAGGUCCUUAUGAAACAGGGAGAAGCUCUUUCCAAACUUAAAGGUCUAAAUGACUUUGUGAGGUCCAGUGUCCAGAAGACCAGCAAGGCACAGGCUAAAGAAGCCAUGCACAUGUGCUUGAGGCAGGAAACUUACCUGGAGCCACUGUCCUACAUAUACUCCCCACUGGAUCCCAAUCUCAUCCUCACAGAUGUUUGUGUGGAGCUCUGCACUUUCAUGGAGUCCAAGAUGAAACCCCUUUGGAUUGUGUACAACAACGAUAUGCUGGGUGGAAGCCGGGUUGGUAUAAUCUUUUAAGAAUGGGAGGAUGGUAAGACUGGUCUCGCGGCCCUACAGAUGAUUAAACUGAUGGAUGUUCUGUGGAAGAAGGAAGGCUUGGACCUCAGGGUCACCCCAUAUGGCUGCCUAUCACAAGACAAGACAGGUCUUAUUGAAGUUGUCAAGCACUCGGACACUAAUGCCAACAUUCAGCGCAUACAAAAGUAACAUGGCAGCAACUCUGCGGCUUUCAAUAAGGCCCUACUUAAUUGGUUAAAGAGCAAGAAUCCAGGGGAUGCUCUGGAGCGAGCGAUUGAGGAGUUCACCCUGUCGUGUGCUGGCUACUGUGUAGCGACAUAUGUUCUAGGCAUUGGGGACCGUCACAGUGAUAAUAUAAUGAUACGUGAAACUGGGCAGCUGUUUCACAUCGACUUUGGUCACUUCCUUGGUAACUUUAAAACCAAAUUUGGUUUUAAUCGAGAACGUGUUCCGUUUAUCCUGACAUACGAUUUUGUGCACGUUAUACAGCAGGGGAAAACCAACAACAGUGAGAAGUUUGAGCGGUUCCGGGAUUACUGUGAAAAAGCUUACACCAUCCUCCGAAGUCAUGGAGCCCUCUUCCUUAACUUGUUUGCACUGAUGAAAGCGGCAGGCUUGCCAGAACUUACCUGCUCUAAAGAUAUCCAGUAUCUCAAGGACUCUUUAGCACUUGGGAAGAGUGAUGAAGAUGCAUUGAAGCAGUUCAGGGUAAAGUUUAAUGAAGCGCUGCGGGAAAGCUGGAAGACCAAAGUGAAUUGGUUUGCUCACACCGUGUCCAAAGACAACAGACAAUGAUUGAAAGGGACAUGGUUUCUUUGCAUUUUGAUACAAUAUUUGGAUCUUAAGGCACAAGAGAGCUCUUCUCCAUAGUAGACUCCAUUUCCUCAAACGUUCUCCACAACUAUGAACUUUGGGAUUUAUCAAAACCGCAUCCCUCACGUUGCCUGUUGGACACCACCACGUUCUUGGCCUCAGUGUCGGUUUAGCCUUGCCAAUGAUGAAUAUACCAGGGAACAUUGUACCCUCCGCAGGCUUGAGCUGACUUGGCAUGCGUUGUACCAUCUCUUCAGCCAUCGGCAGAUUGCUUACUUUAGCAUGAAGCUACUUACUACUGUGUUGGUGAGUGACAAAUGACGACUGCUUCCUACAACUUCUGUACAGCAGGCUGGUGGACAGACUUCCCAACGUGAAAGCCAGAGCUGUGCGAAUUGGUUCAUACAGAGACAUAAUGAAGGACUUUUCUCAUUCCAAGCUUGUUGCACUGGGGUUUGUCUCCAGCAGUAGUCUGCAACCUAUGGCUCUUCAGCUGUUUUGAAGCUAAAGCUCUCAACUGAGUGUGCUGAGAGUUGCAGGUUGUACAGCACUGAUCUACAGGGACUUUUGACCCAUAAAUGGCAGAUCUGCACUGAUUUCAUGUGAUAUAGAGUACCUGUAGUUCUCAAAGCUUUUUAAAUGGCCCAAACCAUGAAAAAAAGCUCUUACUGAAGAAUUUGUUGCAAUAAACACCUUCCCUUGUAAUUAUGUUAAUAAAUGUGUACAUUGUAUGUGUUUUGGAAA